AUGAUUGCUCCUGAAGAAAAGAAAAUGGUCGGUCUUCUCCCCAUGGAUCUGGCUGAGACAAAUAAGGAAAAAGGCGGCCUAAAAUGGUACCCUCUUCUGCAAAAAAUACUAGCAAUAUUGAUUAUAAUUAUAUUUGCUGCUGGAUUUUUCGGUUUGAUCUUAAGGCUACUAGAAAGUAAUUCAAAAAUCCAAAAUACAGAAUUGAUUUUUGUGUCGGGAUUCAGUGAAGAACAAAACAUUACAACACUAUACGACAAGAUGGUUAUAUUUAUCCAGCCAAAAAAUAAAACAUUGAACACAUUUUCAAGAUCACGUAAUAAACGAGAAACUGUUUCUUUUCCUAAAAAUAAUACCGAUUUAACUAAAACACAUCUCGUGAAAUUCAAGGAUAAUAAAAUACAGAGGCUCCGGAAAAUGAUGUCAGAAAAAGAUGUUUUAUGUAACGAUGAAAGUCACAAAGAAGCCUGCAAAGAAUUGGUUAUGAAAAUAAAGUUGCUAACAGAAAAUAAAUCAAAAAAUGACGAUGAUAAAAAUAAAUUCAGUAACACAAAAAAUGGUAUAGAUAUGAAUAUCAAAGGGAAAUCAAAUAAAAACCGUGCAGAUAUACCAAAAAAGGGAACAGCGCUUAAUUUUGUGAGACCAAAGAAAAGCGUAACUCUAGAAAACUCUUAUGGCAUUCCUAAUCAAAUGAGCCAUUCACAUGCCACGUUUCCACGUGAAUCAUCUAGUCCACAAUUAACAGAUACCUGUUUAUUAGCACGUCUCAUGAAACAAAGUUUUCCUGAAUUACAAGGUGUUUACGAGAACCCACAGUUAGACUACCAAUCACAGAUAUCUCCAUAUUCUUCGAGACAUGUUCCGUCAAGUUAUAUAUCUGCUUAUAAUCAUGAACGUGAUGUGGAGACACUCAAACAUAAACCACAUCCUCAAGAUGUUGAAAUUGCUAUGCAUUAUAUAGAACCCAAAUCGGAAACUUGGGCGCUAUGUGCAUCAAAAGAAGGCUCAGAGUCAGACAUCGGGCUAUGGGAUAAACUAUGCUCGGACUUGGAGUAUCUCUGCGUGAUCGAACCAUUAGGGAGAUUUGCAGAUAAAGAACUCAACGAAUAUAAAAAUAUCCUGCCAAAAGAUGCAUUAUCAAAUUCUUCAGUCAAAGAAGUCGAAUGCCCCGUCGGCAUGAUGUCCUGCAGUGAUGGCAGUAGCUGUGUCGAUGAGAAAGAUUGGUGUGACGGGCAGGUAGAUUGUAAUGACGUCAGCGACGAAGCGAGAUGCACUUGUAAAUCUCGUGUGGAUGUAGCGAGAAUAUGUGACGGCUAUUUCGAUUGUCCUUUCGGUGAAGAUGAAAUGGGAUGUGAUGGUUGUGAUGAAGGAUCUUUUAGCUGUGAAGACACCAAUACUAACACACGAGUUACAUGUUACUCUAAGGAUGAACGCUGCAACAACGUAGCCGAUUGCCCCAACCACAAAGAUGAAAUCGAUUGCAGUAUGCUUGCGCCCACUCUACAUAAGAAACCUCUGUUUGCAAUAUCUAACACUGAAGGCUAUCUGCAUAGGAAUUAUAAAGGUAACUGGUACGCAGUUUGUAACAACCCUUACAUGUGGGCUCACGAUGCUUGUCGGCGUGAAACGGGACUCAUUAUACGACCACCAUUUAUUCAAGUUUUGCCAAUCGAUCCACUGCUGAAGGUUAACUAUAUAAACAACGCUCUGGGAGGAUUAGUUCACACACAUAAUGAAUGUCUUAACGCUUCUGCAGUGUAUGUCACAUGUCCUGAUUUACUAUGUGGAACUAGGAUGCUCACAACAUCUCAACUAAUAAAGGAGGACGCUGCAAUAGAAAGUCGACUCUUUGGUCGGAAUAAACGAUUCCUUUUACCAUAUCCUGCCAUGUUUUACGGAGGUCGAGUAAAAAGAUACGUAACAAAUAAAAAUACGGAAUCAGAUUUGCUUCGCAAAUAUGUAAGCGGCGAGGAGGAAACAAGGAGAAAACGGGCUGAAGGACGGGUUGUGGGUGGUAAGCCAAGCCAACCUACUGCUUGGCCGUGGGUGGUAGCACUGUACAGAGAUGGGAUGUUUCAUUGUGGCGGAGUUAUUAUCAACCAAAAUUGGAUUAUGAGUGCAGCGCAUUGUGUUAAUAAAUUCUGGCAACACUAUUACGAAGUGCAAGUCGGUAUGCUUCGUCGCUUUUCGUUUUCGCCUCAAGAGCAAAACUAUCGUGUAACUCAUGUUAUCGUCAAUCAGAAUUAUAAUCGAGAGAACAUGAUAAACGAUCUUUCUCUGCUAAGAGUUAAACCUGGUAUACAGUUUAGUAGAUGGGCCAGACCUAUUUGUUUGCCGAGUCCCGAGGUUGCUGGCAGUGACUGGAUGUGGGGACCUCCAGCUGGAACUAUAUGUACUGCUGUAGGGUGGGGUGCCACAGAAGAACGGGGACCUGAUCCUGAUCAUAUGCGUGAAGUAGAAAUACCUAUUUGGGAACAUUGUAAACACGAAGAAGAUCAAUCCGGUAAAGAAAUAUGUGCAGGUUUAAUGGAAGGAGGAAAGGAUGCUUGUCAAGGUGAUAGUGGUGGUCCUUUAUUAUGCAGAAAUCCUAUGAAUACUCAGCAAUGGUAUGUGGCAGGUAUCGUAAGCCACGGCGAUGGGUGUGGUAGAAAAGACGAGCCAGGAGUUUACACACGAGUCAGUUUGUUUGUAAAUUGGAUAAAGUACCAUAUAUCUUCAAAAAGAUUGCCUUUAAUUCAACCAAAACAAGAAUGCCCAGGUUUUAGGUGUGAUUCAGGAAUUUUAAAAUGUUUACCUAAAAAACGAAUGUGCGAUAAAAUAAUAGACUGCCUUGAUGGAGAAGAUGAGCUUAACUGUGACAUUUCAAUAAUGGAGUCAAAUGAAAAAUCUCUAACUGUGAAUUCUCCAACGAGAGAAGUCAGUGAAAAUUCUAACAGUAGUAAAGCAAAGGAAACGAACGAAAUUGAUGACUCCUUGUCAUCUGAAGAUAGCGCAGAUAAUGAUAAUAUAGUUACCACAACUAAAACGCUUUCAACCACUUUGAUUAAUGAGUUCAUUACUGAGUCUACAAGGUAUAGUAAUGAUGAUGUUAAAAUUGAAAGUACAACAAAAUAUUGGAAAGAUAUGGAAAAUGUUACAUCAAAAUAUAAAAAACAUAAGCCUUUAACCGAUUUGGAUACAAGUGCCAGUCAUUUCAUGUAUGCUUCUACUAUAGAAAUCUCAAAUCCAGAUUAUUUUGAGGAUUUCGGUAAACAAGAGUCAAAUGAAUUUGUUACUUCAGACCCUAUCAAUGAUUUAACAAAUAAGAAGCCAGAAAUACAUGCAGUGGCAAUAGAUACAUCAAAACAUUCUUUACAAUCAAUGUCAUCUACUUUAGAUAAAAUGCCUAUUCAAAAAGAAAAUCUUGAAGAUAUUUCCCUAAAGACAACGACUUUCACGACUGUUUAUCAAACAACAACUGAUAACAAUUAUGAAUUUAGGGAGUACUUAGAACACGAUACACAAAAUUUAGAAAGUAAUAAGAGCAAAGCUGCCAAAGAAUCCCAAGAAUUGAUAGUUGAACUUAUGCCCCAGGCUAAUAUAAUUAAUGAUGGCAUAAGUAACAUAAACGCAGAAAAUAAAAAACAUGAUCAUUCAUUUUCUGAAGCCAAACAUGUAGAAAAUAAGUCAGACGCAACAAAACCUUUAGACUCAAAGAAUGAAAAUUUUAGUGAAUUAGAAGAUAUUACACUUUUGGAACUGCAACCGGCAAAAAUAAGGAAAAAACAUUUAUCACCAACGGAGUUUCAAUGUAGACGAAUUUAUCAAAUUGUGCCUUAUGCAUCUCGGUGUGAUCAUAAACCUGACUGUGAAGAUGGAACUGAUGAAUUAGAUUGUACAUGCUUAGAUUAUUUAACGACUUAUGACAGUAAGCUGAUAUGUGAUGGAAAUUUUGACUGUGCCGAUGGACAGGAUGAAAUUGAUUGCUUUACAUGUGAGAAAAGCCAUUUUCUAUGUAAACGGAGUCAAAUUUGCUUGGACACAAAGUACAUAUGCGACGGAACACCACAAUGUCCAUUAGGAGAGGAUGAAAUAGACUGUUUUACUUUGUCGAACGGUAAACAUAUAACUUACGAUGUAAGUGGCAGACCACUGGUCAAUUUAGAAGGAUAUAUAACAAAAAGGCAUGAAAAUAAUUGGCAAAUAGUCUGUGAAAAAGACAUGCAAAUUAAAAUGCAAGAAGAAGCUGCGAUACAUAUCUGUCGUUAUCUGGGUUUCAAUUCAGCUAACAGAUAUUUACUAAAACACAUAAAUAUAAAAGAUAGCCUCGUCAGUGGUGGAGGAGAUCAUAACAAAAAUAAACGAGAUAUUGAUUUCGAAAUUCCCGUGCACUUUACUUUUAAAACUGAAGAUACGAAUAACUCACUAAGAAAUGUGAUUAUACCGAAACCUGAAAUCAUUAAAGAAGAAUGCGUGCCUAAUGUUACAAGAACAUGUAUGACUCUUUAUGUAUUUUGUGACCAUUCUUUGUUUACACAUUUUGAUGUAACCCAAAACCUUCGUACAAGUAAAGAUUUAGAAGAUGUUUCAUUAUUCAUGUGGCCUUGGGUUGCUCAGGUUUAUGUCGAUGGAUUAUACAAGUGUACAGGUGUCCUUGUAGAUUUAUCCUGGGUUUUGAUAAAUCACUAUUGUUUACAAAGUUAUUCUUUUAACCAUAACUACAUUACUGUAGUACUUGGUACACAACAAACUUUACAAUCUACGGUAGGUCCGUAUGAACAAGUAUACCAAGUUGAUGCUAAGAAAGACUUAUAUCGCAGCAAAGUUCUUCUACUGCAUUUGAAAAAGCCUGCAGUUUACUCUGUUAUGGUAAAACCAAUGAUCGUGACGUCCUUAUUUUCUGAAGAUACGCAGAACUCUAUAUGCGUUGCCGUUGGUUCAACAAAAAAUAAUAAGUCAUUCACUGUCUUCUUAAAAGAAACAAAUAAUUGCGAUCAACGUAGCCGGUGUUUCAUUCCAGAGAGGAACAGUUCGUGUCCUACAGACGUACAUUCUAACUGGGCUGGAAUAAUUAGUUGUCAUACAAAACAAGGAUGGUACCCGACAGCAUCGUUUGUACAAAAUACCAUCGAUUGUAGUAAAAUAAUAGUGGGUACAGAUAUCGGAAUUCUCAAACAUGAGAUUAAAAGCUAUAAAGAUAUUGCAUCGGCCAACACUGCGCUUACUAGUGCGGGGUCGCCAUUCCAGCACUUUGGGACCCUACCGUCCAUCGGCUCUUCGAACUAUGUACCCCGCCCAUUGCCACUUCAGCUUCGCAACUCGUUGAGCUAUGUCGGUGACUUUGAUUCUUCAAACAAAUGUGAUGUUAUAUUUACAGAAAAGCCUAUGCAUAAUUCUAUAGAAGAAAAUGUACUCGACGAUUGCGAAGGUGCUCGAUGUCAACGAGGCAAGUGUGUAGAGUUACGAAAUGUCUGCGAUGGAGUUACUGACUGUGAAGAUGCUGCUGAUGAAUCUAAAGAGUCAUGUAGUAAGAAACACGACAUUUGUACCCAUGAUCCUCUAUAUCAUGGAUGUGAAUGUCCCGUUGGUCAAAUGAAAUGUAACAAUGAUCGGUGCAUCCUGAAGGAACUUUUCAAAGACGGCCAUGACGACUGCGGGGACGGCACGGAUGAGCCCGGCCACACCAAGUGCUCGGAUUAUCUCAGUCGAGUCAUGCCGUCGAGACUCUGUGAUGGAAUACUCCAUUGUCAUGACCGGAGCGACGAGGACCCGAUGUUUUGUAAAUGUCACGCGAAGAAAGGAUUUAAGUGUACUAAAUCGUCGGUACCGCCAGAUGACUACUGCGUGGCUUUAGACGUGGUGUGUGACGGGGCUCGCGACUGUCCAAACGGAGAGGACGAAAAGAAUUGUAUCGGCCUGAGUGCGCCUAAAGGAACCCCGCAUGGAACUGGAGAAGUAGUAAUAAGAUCACACGGGGUGUGGCAUACCAAAUGCUUUCCCUCGCUGAACCACACCAAAUCCCAAUUAGAAGCGAUUUGUCGAGAGGUAGGCUUCAUCAAUGGCCACGCGAAACAGCUGCCAUCUCUGGGAACGCCACAACAACACCAAAAACUUGUUGUUGAUACGUUUUCUGAUGUAACGCUCAACAACAACACGAAAAUCAAACUAAGAAACAGCUAUUUACCAAUGGCAAGGAAAGUUGUUGUAGAAAAUGAGAAUUGCUAUCCAGUUUUUAUAGAAUGCUUGUAGAGUUAAUAAGUGUAGUUCUAUUAUAUAAUAAUUAAUGUAUUUCUAGUUAGUAUUU